AGGCUAAGAAAUGGCAUUUCAAAAGGCAGUGAAAGGGACUAUUCUUGUUGGAGGAGGUGCUCUUGCAACUGUUUUAGGACUCUCUCAUUUUGCUCAUUACAGAAGGAAGCAAGCGAACCUGGCCUACGUUGAAGCUGCAGAUUUCAUUUCAGAACCUGUUAAUAGGGAGCCUCCUUCCAGAGAAGCUCAGCUACUGACUUUGCAAAACACCGCUGAGUUUGAUAUACUUGUUAUUGGAGGAGGAGCAACAGGAAGUGGCUGUGCGCUGGAUGCUGUCACCAGAGGACUAAAAACAGCCCUCGUAGAAAGAGAUGAUUUCUCAUCAGGGACCAGCAGCAGAAGCACUAAAUUGAUCCAUGGUGGUGUGAGAUAUCUUCAGAAGGCCAUCAUGAAGUUGGAUAUUGAGCAGUAUAGAAUGGUAAAAGAAGCCCUUCAUGAGCGUGCCAACCUACUAGAAAUUGCUCCUCAUUUAUCAGCUCCAUUGCCUAUAAUGCUUCCAGUUUACAAGUGGUGGCAAUUACCUUACUACUGGGUAGGAAUCAAGCUGUAUGAUCUGGUUGCAGGAAGUAAUUGCCUGAAAAGCAGUUAUGUCCUCAGCAAAUCAAGAGCCCUUGAGCAUUUCCCAAUGCUCCAGAAGGACAAACUGGUAGGAGCAAUUGUCUACUAUGAUGGACAACACAAUGAUGCACGGAUGAACCUUGCCAUUGCUCUCACUGCUGCCAGGUAUGGGGCUGCCACAGCCAAUUACAUGGAGGUUGUGAGCUUGCUCAAGAAGACAGACCCCGAAACAGGCAAAGAGCGCGUGAGCGGUGCACGGUGCAAGGAUGUCCUCACAGGGAAGGAAUUUGAUGUGAGAGCCAAAUGUGUUAUCAAUGCUACGGGACCUUUCACAGACUCUGUGCGCAAAAUGGAUGAUAAGAGCUCUGCUGCUAUCUGCCAGCCGAGUGCUGGUGUCCACAUCGUGAUGCCUGGCUAUUACAGCCCAGAGAGCAUGGGACUUCUUGACCCAGCCACCAGUGAUGGGAGAGUUAUUUUCUUCUUACCCUGGCAAAAGAUGACUAUAGCUGGCACUACGGAUACUCCAACUGAUAUUACACACCAUCCUAUUCCUUCAGAAGAAGAUAUCAACUUUAUUUUGAAUGAAGUGCGUAACUACUUGAGUUGUGAUGUUGAAGUGAGAAGAGGUGAUGUUCUGGCAGCAUGGAGUGGUAUCCGUCCCCUUGUUACAGAUCCAAACUCUGCAGAUACCCAGUCCAUCUCCCGAAAUCAUGUUGUUGAUAUCAGUGAGAGUGGCCUUAUCACCAUAGCAGGUGGGAAGUGGACAACUUAUCGAUCUAUGGCAGAAGAUACCAUCAAUGCUGCUGUCAAGACUCACAAUUUGAAAGCAGGGCCAAGUAGAACAGCUGGGCUUUUCCUUCAGGGGGGUAAAGAUUGGAGCCCCACGCUCUAUAUUAGGCUUGUCCAGGAUUAUGGACUUGAAAGUGAGGUGGCACAACAUCUUGCCGCCACCUAUGGUGACAAGGCUUUCGAGGUGGCCAAAAUGGCAAGUGUGACUGGGAAAAGGUGGCCUAUUGUUGGAGUGCGUCUUGUGUCAGAAUUUCCAUAUAUUGAAGCGGAGGUGAAAUAUGGGAUUAAGGAGUAUGCCUGCACUGCGGUGGAUAUGAUUUCACGUCGCACUCGCCUGGCAUUUCUAAAUGUCCAGGCAGCAGAGGAAGCCCUACCCAGGAUUGUUGAACUGAUGGGCAGAGAACUGAAUUGGGAUGAUUAUAAGAAAGAGGAAGAACUUGAAAGAGCCAAGAAGUUUCUUUAUUAUGAAAUGGGCUAUAAAUCUCGAUCAGAACAGUUAACAGAUCGCACUGAAAUUAGCCUACUGCCUUCAGACAUUGACAGGUACAAGAAGAGAUUUCAUAAGUUUGAUGCAGACCAAAAAGGCUUCAUUACCAUUGUUGAUGUUCAGCGUGUAUUAGAGAGUAUCAGUGUCCAAAUGGAUGAAAAUACACUCCAUGAAAUUCUGAAUGAAGUAGAUUUGAACAAAAAUGGACAGGUUGAGCUCAAUGAAUUUUUGCAGCUGAUGAGUGCUAUUCAAAAAGGAAGGGUGUCUGGAAGUCGGCUUGCUAUACUAAUGAAAACUGCAGAGGAGAACCUUGACAGAAGAGUCCCAAUUCCAGUGGACCGUAGCUGUGGAGGAUUGUGAGUCUGAGCAGUAAAUCCACAGUCAACAAACAUAGGAACAACAAAUCACCAUGCAACAAACAGAGAUGACUUAAACCACCCUAAAAUAAUGGAUAAGGAGAGCUGCCUUUUUU